ACUUGCUCGGUCAUCUUCCUACAUUAGCCAACCCACUCUUCACAACAGUGGUUAUUAACGCUUUCUCAACUGGACAAACUUCAUGAACACGUCAAACCUUAAUCGGAGAAUUAAAUUAGUCGUGGAUGUAAUAGUGAAGCAGUCGAUUUGCUUCCGAUGUGACCCGAGAGAGCUCAGUCCCGAGUGGAAGAUCGUCGUCAUCAGUGUCGCGAAACUUCUUUGUUUGUCGCUCUCCGACACGCCGCCGCAGGAAAUAACCCAUUAAACUCGUUCUUGAUAGUUUUAAGACGUUACUAUAUGCUUAAAGGUGUACUUUUACAGUAGUAAAGAAAAGUAUUUUGAUCAUACUAAUCGAAAAGUUCAUUUUUUGCGAUCGAAACAAUAAUGACGGUGUUUCUGGAGAAGUUUGUUGUCAUCACGUGAUAGGCCACUAUAGUUUCACAUAAGCGUUUCUUAACCUUCAGGUGUUCAAAGAUUCUCCUCAAAUAAUAAUAAUUAUUAUAAUAAUGCCUCAGCCUAAAUACAGGAAGAUUGCUGUAUUGGGAUACCGUUCAGUCGGAAAAUCCUCUCUUACAAUACAGUUUGUAGAAGGACAGUUUGUAGAUUCCUACGACCCUACCAUUGAAAACACUUUUAAUAAAAUGGUGUCCAUCAAUGGCCAGGACUUCAAUCUCCAGUUAGUGGACACUGCUGGGCAGGAUGAGUAUUCCAUCUUUCCUCAGUCUCAUUCUAUGGAUAUUCAUGGCUAUGUUUUGGUGUACUCCGUCACUUCAAUGAAAAGUUUUGAGGUUGUGCAGGUUCUACACGACAAGCUUCUUGAUAUGGUUGGAAAGAUACAGGUACCUACUGUUCUAGUUGGGAACAAAAAAGAUCUUCACAUGGAAAGAAUGAUUAAACCAGAAGAAGGCAAGAAAUUAGCGGACUCUUGGGGUGCUGCUUUUAUGGAGUCCUCUGCCAAGGAAAACCAGACUGCUGUGGAGGUUUUCAAGCGGAUUAUUCUGGAAAUGGAAAAAGUUGAUGGGAAUGCCCCAUCUGAGGAAAAGAAGUGUGCUGUGAUGUAAAAAAUGCAGUGAACUUAUUGGCCGAAGUCAGAUGACACCAUCACCAGCCGAUGCCAUGCGAUGAUUUCUGAUGGAUCAACAGUUUAGUAACAGACCUUAUCCUCCUGAGCGGUCACGUGCUCUUCAAGAUUCAUUUCAACAACAAAAUAUUCCAAAUAUUGUCAGUAUUGGGAAUUCAUUAUAAAUGCUGCUUUGCGGUUUAAGGUUAAAAUACUGUCAAAUGUCACUGUAUAACUUAAUAAUAAUCCCAUCUCAGUUACCUUCAGCCUUAAAGGAAUAGUUCUCAAAAACUAAAAUUCCCUCAUCGUUUACUCACAAACCCGUAUGACUUUCCUCUGCUGAACACAUGUGAAGAUAUUUUGGAAGAUAGUUGAGGUGUUUUUGCUGAUGGGACGUAGUCCACACACCUCGAGUGGUCUAAUCCAUGUCUUCUGAAGUGAGACGACUGCUUUGGGUGAGGAUCAGACAAACAUUUCUAAUGACCAAAAGUUAAAAUUCAUAGUCUCCUUGGCCCAUUUGAGAGAAGCUCGUUGGCACACUUCCGUGCGUUUGAUGUGUACAGAGAACGCUGUACACAAACCCAGACACGACGUUACCAGGUUAGCCGUUUCACACCCAGGCGCAAGACUGAAUUCCAAAUGGGCCGUAUGUCGAGAUUUGUUGUGAAUAAGGACUUAAAGUGACCGUAUCACUUCAGAAGACAUGAUCAAACCACUGGAGUCUUGCAGUUUUGUUUUGGACCUCAUUGACUUGCGUUGUAUGGACAAAACACCUCAUACAUCUUUAUAAAUAUCUCAAUGUUCUGCAGAAGAAAGUCAUAAGGCAUUUUUGGAAGACCUGCCCCUUUAACAUGUUGACACAUUUAAUGAUUAAUCUUACUGGUACUGUAAACAUCACCAACUUUCUCCGAUUCAUUCUGGACUUCAGCCAGUGCACAGUUUCUCUCUUUCUGUACCUCGUCCUCUUCCAAACCCUUACUCAUCUUCAGCACCCAUCUGGAUUAAAUGGGUUCAAUUGUUCAUGUAAAUUAAGUUCAUUUAGAUGCGGUCAUAAAAUCAGUGCUGUACGCAACAUUCCCCUUCAGUGGCGUGUGUGAAUAACGUGUACAUGCACUGCAUGAUGGAAACAAGAGUGUCUUUUACACGGUUGAGUGCCUGCAAGAACCCCUCUUCACGUAAUGUCAUUAUCAGGUCUUUACAGCCGUUUUUAAUUUACUGGAAUUGUUUUGCUUUGAUGGAUCUGAAAUUAACCUGGUUACCCUAUAAUGCAGCCCGUCCUCCUCCUGUGGUAUUCACAUCACUUCAGGUUUAUUUUACUCACUAUUUGAAAGUGUUGAUGAAAUAAGUACACCGUCAGUGUAAUUCUGAACUUCAUACAUUUGUAUGUCACCUUUGAUGGCGUAUAGUCUGAUACUUUAUAGGCAAAGGACCAGUCAAUAAUGAUGAACAAUGUCCAGUCAAUAAACACAAACAAUGUCUCUGACUAAUGCAUAGGCCAAUGAAAGUGUUGCCCUUUUAAUAUCUUAAUCUCCCUGCUUUCUAUUUAGUUACCCCUUAAAAGUAAUAAAUGCCUCAAUGGCAACAUGACAGAACUGCCCUGCAGGGAUUUCCUGCCCCAUACUACAUUGAUUCAGCAGCAUUACAGAAGUCCAAGUGUCCUUGCAUCCUGCCACACUUUUCAUGUUUUACAGUUUUGCAACCUUCAUCAGUUUUUAGGGACUUAUGUAUAUGGAAUUUCUUUUAUGGAAAAACAUAAACAUUCAGAAGUG